CACCGUUGAAGGAAUGUGUGGAAGCCCACAAGGAAUCCUUUCGUUCCAGGGUUUCUCCAAACACAGAAGUCUCACACUGAAGAUUAACUCUGUGUGUCAACAGUAACGGAAUCUCCCUUUCUGUCUCUGCAAAUACUAAAAGCCUCAGAGGAAAAUCUCUGUGCAUCCUGGAGCCUGCAUGGGACAGCAGUGAGUAUACCAUCCAUGUCGCCACUGCAAAAGAUCUCUAAAUGUUUACCUUGCCUGAAUAGCUCUCACAGAAAACCUCAGAGGAAGCUUCUCAGCGAGUCUGUGUAUAUACUCUGUAAAUCACCUGUAGUGUAUAGUCUAGAAAUCAAAGCAUCACACCACAAUCUCUGAGAUAACCAUUUACAGCAUCACAUAAAUUAAAAUAUUGCAAGCUUAAAGGGGUAGUGAGCUGUGUGAGGACAGAUGAGGCAGAGCAGAGAGGAGGACAGAGAAGGGGAGGAGAUUUAAAUGGCCAGCUUGUGAAAAAGGUAGUGUGGGGGCAAUUAGAAGCAAGACUCAGAGCUCAGAGCAGGACUGAAAACUGAAACUGUCGGUGCAACUUUACGCAUGGAGAGGAUCGUCACGUUUUUGGACUGAAUAGACUUUUUUACUUUGUGGACUGUGUCAAAACUGUUUUAUGCUGCAGAGUUGUUUAAGGAGUUGUGCUCUAACCCAGUUGAUUUUAAAUGUGAAUUUAAAAACUUUUUAUUUUUUUACUAUUAUUUUAUUGCCCCAGCACUUCCAGCUCAUUCCUCUGGGCCCAUUAUCCAUUACUAAGCACAAUCCACUUCAUCAGGUUACACGCCUGCAAGCGGAGCUACGUGACUGCACUCAUAUCCAGCUUUAAACCUACUGAACCGGGAGCGCAUGAGUUGGAAAGUCCUGGUCAGCUUCUCGUUUUUCUUUUCUGAGUACUUUUUGCACUUUUGUUGGAUUGUUUUAUUGUGUGCACCUCCAACCUCCAACUCGCAGGCGUCGCGAAAUGAAACUGGGUCUUGUCAUCCAGACUGCGGUGGCGCUUUAUCUGCUGCUCUCACCUGCACAGAGUCUUCCCUUAUUAACCAUAAACAAUACAACUGAAGUGUUGAUGUUCCAAGACGUGUGGGGUCGCAGCUUCUGCCGCACCAUUGAGAAGCUGGUGGAGGUGGUGCAGGAGUACCCGACAGAGGUGGAGCACAUCUACAGCCCCGCCUGCGUGCCGCUGGUGAGGUGUGCAGGUUGCUGUGGGGAUGAGAACCUGGAGUGCCAUCCCACCCACACCACAAACGUCACCAUGCAGCUGUUGAAAAUCAGGCCAUCAGAGCCGGGUCAAGAAUAUGUUGAGAAGACGUUUGUGGAGCAUCAGACAUGUGAAUGUAGAGUCAGGAAGCCUGUUGUGAAGGUUGAAAGGAAAAGGCAAAAAGGAAGAGGAAGAAAGAGAAAGGAGAGACAAAAAACAAAAGAAAUGAAAGAAUGUGACAGCUGCCAGAACCCUCGCAGGUAACUGCAGUGGCGACCAAACCCCCAGUUGCAGUGUGGCUCACUAUUUAUUUCCAACCCAGUGACAGCAUCCAGAGUCUCCUCCGCUCAUCUUUCAAAACUGUGUCUGCAGCCAGAGACUCAAACAACCGGGUUGUGUCGCUGACAUGCCUUUCCUGCUGAUGGGCAGAGCGUUUUUAAUGACAAGCUUCAGAAGUGUGUUCUGAAUGGUGGAAACACUGCUGUUACACACCUGACACAAUGGACAUCCCUGGGAGCCAGUGCAAUGUAGAACUAAACAGACCGACGCCUUCUCUUUUAUACUAGUUAUUACGGUAUCAGUUAUUGUAAUUUGGUCAUUUCUUUGGUAUUUAAAGGUGGUUACACUUGUUUAAAAUCUAUAUUUAUUGAUACAACUGAAUAUAUUUGGACGAGCAACCUUUAAAAAGUUUGUCAUUUUUUGUUUGAACAUUAUCCAAGGAGCCUUGACUUGUCAUAGCGUCAUGUGUUGGACUGAGUGUGCAGCUGCAUUGUACAUGCAACAAUGAAAUGUCUCCCUCUAGUGUUUAUGGAAACAGUGUUCAAAACGGCUCUAUACUAAAGUAUUUUUUUAGGUCAAUUAUACAAAUAAGAUUAGACAUAGGACAGUGUUGACAGUCACAAUCACUUAUGUGACCAGGCAAGAGUUUGAAGUGUUUUACUGUUAAUUCAGACUUAAAUAAGAACGAUAUUGAGCAGAAACAUCUUUCAACAAAAGAUUGUGUAUGAAUAAAUGACUACGAUAUAUCAAAUUGUCAAAAAUCUAAAUUGUUCACAUCAGAUUUCAUCAGUUUAUUUCAAAUCACACCAGGAAGUGUGUUGUAGUCUGCAGAAGGGACGUGGCAAGCCCAGUAAGAAUGGGUAGGUCAAUACUACAGUAACCAAUACACUCAAACAGCACCCAUUUGGUAUUGAUGCCUAUUAAAGAGUAUCAUUUACAAUUAUUGUUUUCUUGUUUUACUGUGAUUUUUAAGUUUCUCACAGAUAUAAAAGCAUUUCUGUGCUUUUAAACAGCCCACAUUUGUGUCCACCCUGGUGACACACAGCUCCCAUAAGCCCACACGACAGGUGUCUUCCUUUGUCUGCUUUUGGAAACACUGCAGUAAGGAAGGGAUCAAUUGAAGUAGUAAAAUUAUGUCCUUUUGUAUUUUUUUUUUCGUGUACUACACAGAGAAAAUCUAUGAAAAUGUACAAAGUAACAUUUCUUCUGUGUUAGUAUUUUUAUUUCAUUUAAAUAUUUAUUUUGUAAUUAAAUUGUUAUGGUUGUCA